AUGAGCAUGUACACUGACGAACUCGCGGAGCAACCUCAGGAGCUGACAGUGAAAGAUUACACGAAAGAAGCAGUAGCUGGUUCUGCAAUAAUUAACGAUAUUCUCUUCAAAGCAAUCCGCCUCUACACGACAUGUACGCCGUACGUAGUCAGAAGUCCGUGUUUCAGCUCCGUGGCAGUGAACGAAUCUGCAACAAACCUGGCCAUUUGCUUGAAUGAGUUGGACUUCUUGAAGGAGCAGUGUGUCUCAGCUCUCAAACCACAUUCCACCACAGUGGUCUACGAUCUCCUUCAGUCUGGAAUGUUACCUGAAGAGUUACUGCCUCUAAAUGGAUUCACCUUUUAA